UUUGUGUCAAAGGUUAAGCAGGUUUUGUCAAGAAGGAUGUCAAGGAUGGCAAGCCGGAUUCACUUUCUCCCUUCAGCAACUUCAGGUUCUUGCGCCACUUCCAGAAUCCAAACCUCAGAACCUAUGUACCGUACCUACCUGAGGCCAAUAGACUAUAGUGGCCCAGGAAGAUGAGCGGGAUUUGUACCUAGCGGAGGUAUCUAGUCCCUAGCUUGCUGUAAAUGACUGCUUUUUAGUCCCUGGUGUGGGCGUGGGCAAUUCCUUUCUGCUUAGACGGGGUUUGGAUCCCUGAAGCUCUGCGAACGGCGUUGGAACUUGCCUUGCUGAAACAGCUUGAGGAAGGGUUUCGUUUGUGCGGUGUCCUGCCAUUACCAAUUCCCCUUGCCAUUGGUUGCAAAUUGUGCCUAAGGGCCAGGCGGUCUGUAGAUGGCAUCUGCCCGGAAGCACAAACGGCAGAGCCUGGAUGGCCCUUCUCAGGACACUCCGGCAAGGAGCAAGAAGCGCAAGAUGUCAGACCUGCUGGGCUCCCCCUGGACCCCCGCUGAGGUGGAGGCAUUCUUUCACGGGCAGCAGCAGCACGGCACGGCCUGGGAGCACGUGGCGGGGCUGGUUCAGACGCGGAGCGCUGAGGAGUGCGGGGCGCUGUUCACGCUCUUCAAGACGUACCUCUCCCUGCCCGAGGGGGCCAAGUCGGUGCAGGGCCUGACCGCCAUGAUGACCGACCACUUCAACUCGCUUCAGGAGGACAGUGAACCUGAGAGCAGCACGGGCGGCAGAGAGAGGACCCCCGAGCCGACACCCCGACGGGCGCCAGGGGGCACCCCAACAAGGAGCCCGGGGCAGCUUCCCCGCCCCGCCAAGCGCGCCCGCACAGUGGUCCCAGUCGGGCGGCGCACCCCACGUCCUCUUCCGCAGCCCUCAGGCGACCUGCUGCGCACGCCCCCCCGCGCCACGCGCAGCCUUACAGCGGACGCCCGUUCACCCCCCCAAAGCGGGGAGAGUCGCCAGCUGCGUCCCAGGGACCUCUCGCGCUCGCCCAUCAGGGAUCGGGCGCAGCUUCUGAGGGGGAAAGCAGGGGGAUCCCCUGGCAAGGUGGCCCCGCGGGAUGGGGGGUCUAAGCACGGCGGGCUGAAGCAGAUCAUGAAGGCGCUGGAGGCUGUGGAGGAGCAAGAGAACAAGAAGGGGAGGAAGGCAGACGGGGCGGGGGGCCCGGCGGCGCCGGUUCGGAAGCCGGGAGCGUUGAGCAAGAAGGCGCACAUUUUGGCCAAGGUGCAGGCGCAGCGCAGCGUGAGUAGCGGGGAGGAGAAGGCGGGCAGCCAGGCCGAGCUGGAGGACAACGCGAGCAGUGGGCGCGCAGGGGGGACCGAUGGCAGGUCCAGCGAUGAGGAAAGGCCCCCCCCACAGCAAGAGAGGCCAACAGUGGGGGGUACGGGGCGGGGCCGAGUGGAGUCAGAGCCGGAGGAGGAUGUGCCCAUCAUGAAACGGAGGGACCUGGCCAGCCCCCAGGCAGAGCGGCGUCCCCUGAAGAAGCGCAAGAGCGAGGAGUGGGGCAGGAGCAGGGACGGCGCAGCGGAGCCCGACUCAGGUUCGGAGGCCACGCGCAGCGACGACCUGCCCAUCAUCGGGGGGGGGCGAGACAGCAAGGCCGUCACCAGCAAACAAGCUACCCCCCAGAGGAAGACGCCGCGGAAGGGGCCGGAGGCCUUUCAAGGCGCCGCCAGUGGCCUGGACGUUCUCUCCAGCGUGGUCGUUGCGGUCCACCGCCAAGUCGCGCCUGCCCCCCGCCACCCCCCCCGCGCCCCCGCCUCGCCCGCCAAGCUCCGCCCGGCAGCCACCCCCCCCUGCCCCAAGCCCAGCCCGGCAAAGCCCAAGCCCAAAGCAAAGCCCAAAGCCACCCCCGAGAAAGCGCCACCUCCUCGGGCGGUCUCCCCCGAAGACAGCCCGGCUGACUUGCCCAUCUUGCCCGCUAAGCCUAAGGAGAAACCGUCGACGGCAAAAGCGCCCCCAAGCCCGAAGCCCGCCGGAUCGUCGCCUCCGGCAGGGGGCAGUCCGGCCAAAGCCAAGGGGGGUAAGCCGGGAGGGGCUAAAGACAAGGCGGCCAGCGGGGCAGAUGCGGCGAGCCGCAGCGAGGAUGCGCCGUUAGCCCCCCCGCAGCAGAGGAAGCGCAAGCGCAAGCCGGGCGUGGAGAAGCUGCCUCCGGUGCCUCCCCUUCCGGAGAUGAAGGAGGUGGAGAAGAAGCCGCGCCCCCGCCCUCGCCCGCGUCCCCCUCCCUCGAGUCCCGCCCAGAAGAGCCCGGCUCCUGCUGCGCAACCAGCCGGCAGCACCGACACGCAGGAGAACACUCCGCUCAAGGCGCGCAACAAGAAGAAGCCGGCCCGCCCCGCCAGCCAGCGGCUGGGCGCCCUCACGUUCGCGUCCCCUCCGCCCCCGCGACCGCCCGCGCACUGCUCCCACACGGACCACUCCGAGGGGCCCGCGCACAGCCGCAAGGCGCACCUGCUGCACUGCCUCAACUCCAGGGUGCGGCGGUGGUGCCUGUACGAGUGGUUCUACAGCGCGUUGGACUACCCCUGGUUUGCGCGCAACGAGUUUGUGGAGUACCUGGAGCAUGCCGGCCUAGGGGGCGUUAAGCGGCUGACGCGCACCGAGUGGGGGGUCAUACGGAGCAGCCUUGGCCACCCCCGCAGGCUCAGCAGCGUGUUUCUGCGCGAGGAGCGCGAGAAGCUGGCGGCAUACCGCGAGGCGGCCCGCGCGGCAUACGCGGAGGCGGGCCAGGGCGGGGACGUUCCGGCGGAGCUGCCGGCGCCGCUCGCGGUGGGGCAGCGCGUGACGGCUAAGCACCCGCGCACGCGCCAAAUUGCGGAGGGGGCCAUCCUCACGGUCGAUGCCAAGGGCCGCUCGCGCGUGCAGUUCGACCGGCGCGAGCUGGCGUCGGAGAUCGUGCAGGACAUCGACAUGAUGCCGGCAGACCCGCUGAAGAACAUGCCGGCCACGCUGCGCAAGAAGCGCCUCGAGAUGCUCAUGGAGGCCCGCACCCGUGACCACACGCCAGGCGAGCUGUUGGUGCUGCGGCUGGAGCCGCUGAUGGCUGCGGCGGACUCGCAGUCUGCGGUGGCCCUGGCGAAGCAGGCCACCGCGGAGGCCAUGAGCGCGGCGCUCGCGGAGCCAGGGACGCCACCCGCCAGCCCGCGCACGGAUGCCGCCGCGCAGGCGACGCGCGACAAGGACGUCAAAGUGCUUGCGGACCUGCAGCGGGCGCUCGACAAAAAGGCUGCGCUGUUGGCGGAGAUGGCCCACGUGACGGCCGACGCUGAGCGGCGCACCGCCGAGGCGGGCAGCAGCGAGGCGGCGCAGGCGGGGACGGAGGACGACGCGCUGCGGGAAGGCCUGGCGAAGAAGGUGCUCGCGCUGGAGCAGGUCAACAAACAGGUGGAGCAGUGCGUGGUUCGAUUGCGGCAGCGCAACCGCUACGCCGAUCCCGCCAGCCCGGCCUGGGUGCACGCCAACGGUGGCCCAGGUCAACCGCGGGGGGGCCAGCCGGCGACGCCCCGAGAGGACCUCCCGCCGAAGCCCAUUGGGGAGAUGGCCGCGAGCGCCAGACGGCAGGCGCGUGCCAUGGUGGCGCAGGUGGUGGCGGCGCUGCAGUCGGCCGGCGAGGGCGAGGACCCCAUGCUAGUUCUCGAGGCGCUCGGGCCACAGCUCGGGCUGGACGACAAGUUCAAUCGCCGGCUGCAACCAGGGGCGCGGGGGGGCACCUCCGCGGCCGGGCCGCACGCUGUACCGGGGAUCCUAGGCACCAGCAGAGCAGCCGGGAGAGUCAACUGGGCGGAGGCGGCGGCUGCGGCGCAUAGCGUGGCCGACACUGGCUACGGCGACGCGGCGCGCAGCAAGGCGGCUGCAGUUCCGGGGGAUCCCUUGACGGGGCUGGAGGUGGGCGGCCACGCGCGCAGCAAGGAGGGCGGCUUCCUGUCGGAGCUAAUGGCUAGCUGCGUGGCGACGCUGCUCAUGAUCCAGCAGUGCACCGACCGCGCGCUGCCGCAGCAGGACACCGUGCUCACGCUCGACUCCGCCAUCGCGUCGCUCAAGCCGCACGCGCAGCACAACCAACGGGUUUGGAAGGAGAUUGAGUCUUGUAUAAACACGAUAAAGGGGCAGAUCUUAACGCAAAUACCUUAUCAACAACUGCCAGCGUCGUAUUGAGGCUAUGGCAGUUGUACCUCUUGUACCAGGAAACCAAACACACACAGACAGUCAAUUGUUUUGACGAAAGACCAAGUCAACGAUCUUGUAGCUCGAAGGCAAGUAUAUUCGUUUUGAAAUCAGUUCCUUGCACCCAUGUUAAAUCAAGGGUAACAGUGUUUGAGCCGAAGUCUGGCAGCUUAUCCCGUCAAUCUGCUGAACACCUUUCAUGGACAAUGAGGUUAGACCGCGC